UACAAACAAGUGGCACUCGUUAUUGCGACGCAAAAAAAAAUUCCCGUCUAAAACGUGUAAUGUUUAGUAACGAGUGCCUGUCUACUACGCCAUUAGUAAGAGACGAGGGCGUGGCGGCUGACAUGUUUGUUGUGGAUCGUCGUGUGUAGCGGUGGUAUGAUCUAUCUCAUCUACAUGACGGUGCUGCUAUUAGAAGGAAAGAUUGCCAACCCGCUUCAACACGAGGAAGGAAGGGAAAUGGGAGGCGUGAUCAUCGUGAUUGCUUGGCUGGUCGUCUGCUACAUCAAGAGGGCGCCACCUUCCGGAGACAUUGAGGCGAGCUUUCAGCGUGAGGUCGGCACACUCCUGCUCGUCACCACCAUCAUCGGUCUCGCCCCGCUCAUGUUCUGGGCUCUCUGUCUGUGGCCGGGCGUUAGUGACAGCAUGGCCCACUGCGCAAGCAGCUGCCAGACCAGUGACCUUUAACCCCCGCCCGAAUCCCGAAUAACACCGGUGUGAUAGUACAUUAUAGUAUGAAGAUAUCUAUACACACGCACGCACGCACGCACGACCGCACGCGCGCGCGCACACACACACACACAUAUGGCCACGCACU